UCCGCCCCAUUCCCAGCACAAAACAUUCAUCAACACAAAGACAUCUCAUCUUUCCAUUCUCACCCAUCAAAGUCAAUCCGUCGAGAUGAAGCCCUCCGCGGAGCCGGUGACCGGCAUCCCCGUGGGCGGCGCCCCCGCCCCCGCCGCCUCCGCCUGGUCCUCCGGCCUCUUCGACUGCUUCGACGACUGCGGCCUCUGCUGCCUGACUUGCUGGUGCCCGUGCAUCACGUUCGGGCGCGUCGCGGAGAUUGUGGACAGGGGCGCGACGUCGUGCGGGGCGAGCGGGGCGCUGUACGCGCUGCUGGCGGCGCUCACGGGCUGCCAGUGGGUCUACUCCUGCACCUACCGGGCCAAGAUGCGCGCCCAGUACGCGCUCCCGGACGCGCCCUGCUGCGACUGCUGCGUCCACUUCUGCUGCGAGCCAUGCGCGCUCUGCCAGCAGUACAAGGAGCUCAAGGCCCGGGGCUUCGACCCGGACAUCGGAUGGCACCUCAACAUGGAGCGCGCCAAUGGCGGCAACGGCGCCGGCGCCGGCGUCGUCCCACCCGGCGUGCAGCACAUGGGCGGCCGCUAGGCUGAAGCUGGUCAUCGAUCGCCGGAUCUCCGGCGUGUGUUUUGUUCGCCGGUCUUGUAUGUUUUGUUAUGUGUGUGUGUGUGUGUGUGUGUGUGUGUGUGUGUGUGUGUGUGUGAAUUUCACUCUGCAUUUGUGUCAAUUUCACCGGAGUAUUUUGUUUGGUUACGCCGACGGUCCUCGUCGCCGGCGGUUUUUGGAAUAAAAAAAAUAAAAAUCAAACGUACUA